AUGACAAGUGCUGACGACUGCUGGACAGAUCACCGACUAAUACGCUCCACGAUGGCUAUCAAGGAAGGAAACCAAGGUGCAAAAUGAACACUCAAUCCCUUCAAGAUCCCAUUAAGUGGGAUUGCUUCCAAAUGACUCUUAAGGACUAUCUGCUUUCAGAAUUCCCUGAUAACAUCGAGGAACACUGGACCAAGCUAAAAACAUCUAUUAUUGCAGCCUGUGAACAAACUAUUGGAUACCAAACCAAGAAACACCAGGACUGGUUUGAUGAGAAUGACAGUGAGAUUGAACGCAUGAUUGACAAGAAAAGGAAGGCCUUUCAAAUCUGGCAAAGAGAUAGAAACUGUGCCACUAAGAAAAAAACCUAUGCCAACGCUAAGGCUGAGGUUCAAAGAAGAACCAGAAAGCUAAAAAACACCUGGUGA